AUGGCUGGAACGCCUACGCACACCGAGACUGAGGACAACGACACUCACGAAGCGCCUCCGCCGGCUGAAAGACGCAGUGGAGAACGAGGACAGGCGCCUGCCUUCAUAAGCGGGACGCGCCGCGGCAGGAGGACGGUGCGACACAGCCAGAAGAAUGUUUCGAGGGCCCGUCAUCUGUUAAUCCUGAACCGCCGCUUCGAUUGUAUCUACGUAUCAAUUGUAGCGAUUGAUAUCUCCGUAUCCGUGUUAUUGGAGGAUCUUGCUAUUGAUCUCGCUAUCGGUUUGGCCCACUUGAGCCCUCACUAG